AUGGCCGACACCGAGACGGACAACGAAGGGGACACCAACCCUCACCCGCUUGAUGCACCAACCCAUUGGAACCCCAGAUCCCGUCCUUUACCAAUCCGAUCCAAUUCACACAGGAUGACAGUGAUAGUGAAGAUGAGGACAACAAACCGCCCCAUCAGGGACAUGGUCUUCCAGCGAUUGCAAUGA